GUGGGUACCGUGCAAAGUAUCCCGGAUGUUCUUUAGAUAUCCCGUAUUGCAAUGAGUGAUUCCGCUGUUGUUAGGAAAGUUUUGACUGUAGCGUUUGGAGGCGCUGCUGUUGCGGCUGGAGCGUACUUUAUAUACAAGUCGUGGAAAUCGACUGAACAUAGUAGCAAAGACCCGGAUAGAGAUGAGGAGGACGUAGAAUCGGAGUCCGACGAUCAUGAGGACGUGGUGCCGUCCGAGCACCGCAUUGUGAUCUUGGGACUAGACGGAGCUGGGAAGAGCAGUCUGAUGGCUGCACUGGCCGGACAGAAACUGUCGUCGAGCAUUCCCGUGACUGAAGGGUUUAAUGUAAUUAAUAUGAACAUGGAAGAAGCCACUUGGAAUCUGUGGGAAGUUGGUGGCGGACAAGCUUAUCGUCAGCAUUGGCCUCGUUUCCUCGGCAACACAUCUCUUUUAGUGUACGUUGUCGAUUCAAUCGAUAGCAAGCGGUUCGAUGAGUCAGCCAAUACUCUUUGGUCACUUCUGGGUGAUGAGCAGCUUACUAACGUUCCACUUCUUAUUGUCUUCAACAAGCAAGAUAUCGACGGAGCUAAGAGACCAGAGGAGCUUACAGAACAGUUUAGACUAGCUGAAAUUCUGAAGACGAGGACAGUCCAGUUGGCGAGCAGUCAGGUCCCUCCUGCGGAUGACGAAACUGGGGUGUCUGAAUUUCAGGGAAUCGUACAGAUUAAGCAACUUAUAAUCUCUUUGUGUGAAAGUGAGUAGAAGGUAUAGUGUGAUGUGUCAAUAAGAUUGACUCAAUUUUAUAAGCUUGUUGACACGAUGUUUGUUUGUCGGUCUCAGUGUGUUGCAAUAGUGAGUAGCUUGGGUAUAUUUUCACAGAGUGCUACAGGUGUGGUUGUCAGACUGUAUCGUAUCAUACAGUAACUGUGCACAAUUUGCAAACUGUC